GUCAGAGCACCUGGGCUGUCUACGGGCCAGCUGCAAAACUGGCACAAAGUGUACAAUUGGACUGCGUCAAUCGAACACGUCGUGUCCGGUCCUGGCUAAUCUGACGUCCCUUUGCCCAGACCGGCACUGCCAUAGAUGGGGUACCAGAGUACGCUAGGUCCAGAGACGGCGUGGACUCUUCUGGGAGCUGUCGAGUUUGCAGGUCAUUGCGACGCGCUGGCUGCCGACAUGAUCCCUGCCUUUCGUCCUCUGCAUUCACGCCAUGCUCGAUGAUCACAUUCGUGAGUCCCCGAUACCGACAAUGUAUCGACGCUUCGGCGGGCACCUUGAGCGGCCUGGACGGAGCACCGGCGGGACAGAAGGAUCAGGGAUCAUCGGCCACGCCCCCGCGUCCUCGAUGUCCGCAGCCGUAUGAUGCUGUCCACGGUCGGUGCUGCUGCGCCCACGAUUUGUCCGGCUCUGGUCGAGUCACUGGCUCAGCCGGGGCGCACAUCCGUCCCUGUUGGCACAUCGUUCAAGUUGCCAAAGUAACGAGCCUCAGUGCUCUAGAGGGCGCCGUCAACGGAGGUCUCACGCCGGGAAGGGAAAUCUCGCUGCUUGACUGUUGCCCUCAACUAGGUCACACUUGCGUCGCUCAUUAUACGUAUAGGACACAAGGAUGAUCGUCGGCAAAGUACAUGAAAAAUACCCUGUGCAUUAGGUCACUUUACUCCCCGUCACUCACGAGUGAGACCGAGGCGGCCAGAAUGAUCUCGGGAUGGAGCCGGUCCUGCAUCUGUCCGCGGAUCCAUUCAGCAUUGUCCCGGUAUGAUUCCUGCUGAUCGUCCGUCUGCAUCGCCGACACAGCCGAGUCUAGGAUGUGCAAUGCAUCGACAUUGGUGAUGUACCCGUCGUUCUCUUCGACGGCCCAGUAAAGCACCAAGUGGAGCUCAGAAUGAUCCGCAAGACAGUUAUCUGGAUAUUUGCGGAUGAAUGCGGAGGCGGCGUCGGCAAAUCGACGUUGCAGUUCAGUCGGGAUCACCCUGGGAAUGUCGUCGAGUGCGUGGUGUACCAAUUUGACCGUCUCAAAGUCUAGGUCUCGCUCCGUUUGAUCCGGACUCCGGGCGGUACACUGCUCGAAGAAACUGGUCCAAACCCCCGCACAUGCACACCCAUAAAUUUGCUGGGCCGAUGCCCGCGAUGUCCGUUUAUCAUUGUCAAGGCCAAGCACGGAACUGAGCCAGUCCUCGUCAUCGAAGAUACUCGACAAUUGCUCCCAUUCCGACAAAUCCUCCGAUUCCCACAAAUUGGCCGAUUCCGAACCGUCCGGCGAGAAAGUUUUGAGCAUUACACACUGGAUGAUUGCAGUCAAACGGUGCAUGCGAAUGUCGACUGCUUCAGUCCGUAGAGUGCGGAGGACACGAAGAUGGGUACCAAAGUCGCUUAGUGGCACAAAGGAGUCAAGCAGAUGUCCGUAGAUCAGCUGUAGGGCGUCAACAGAUGGCUGGGGAUCUAAUCUCCGUCCCAAGUUGUCGCAUAGCUUGUGGCACAGGAAUCGCGUGUAAUGAUGCUUCGAACCGGGCUGUGAAUCCCUCCCAUCGGAGGUGACAAGGGACGGGUACCGGAGAAGGAACGGCCCGAGAUCCCACAGCGGCCAAUUUGGACAUUCCGAUGUCUGCGCAAACGGGGCGAUGAUCUGGCGAGCAGCAAAGACGACGUUGUCCGCUGCUUUGUCCGUGGCGUGUUUGAUCAGCUCUUGCAGAGCGUCUUGCAGAGUUCUGUAGCCAUCCGCUACUGAGAAGACCAUUUGUGAACGGUGGAAGAGCACAUUGGUCACAUCCCGUUGGAAGCUGGCAGCGCACGCGGAAAGAGCCA